AUGGUGACCGAAGAAGAACAAGGAUUCCGAGCUGAAGUGAACUCAAUCAGCAGGACUAAUCACAAGAACUUGGUCCAACUCCUCGGGUUCUGCAACGAAGGCCAACACCGGCUUUUGAUAUAUGAACACAUGGAAACUGGCUCAGUAGCAGACUUGCUAUUCAAAGAUUGUAGGCUUAGUUGGUCCCAAAGGGUACAAGUUGCCAUAGACACGGCCAAAGGGCUUUUCUAUUUGCAUGAAGAGUUUAGUAUCCAAAUUAUACAUUGUGACAUCAAGCCCCAAAAUGUGCUUUUAGAUGAAAAUUUGACAGCAAAAAUAGCAGAUUUCGGAAUAGCCAAGCUUUUGGGGAAAGAUCAGACUCGAACGACCACUAAAAUACGUGGAACGAGAGGGUACGUAGCCCCAGAGUGGUUCAGGAACAUGCCUAUAACCGUCAAAGUGGAUGUGUACAGCUUUGGAAUCUUGCUUUUAGAGCUGAUUCGCUGUAGAAAAAGUUACAAGCAGGAUGUGGCGAAUGAGAAUGAAAUGAUACUGUGGAGUGGACUUGUGAUUGCUAUAGAAGAAAAGAGCUGCAUUUACUCGCAGGCAAUGAUGAAGAGGCAAUAG